AUGGGCAAGAACAGCGACAGCACGCUGGGAAGGGAAAAGCAGUUGAAGGCAAAGCGAGCAAAGUUUACCGCCCAGACAAAAACAUUGACAACCACCAUAGCAUACCUAGACAAAACUACAACGACUGGGGUACUGGCAGUGGCAGUUAAGGAGAUAACGGUGAUAACAGCGAUGAUGGAAGUGGAGCUGGAGAAUCAUAAUCAACCGUCGCGUUGGACCCGAAGCUGCUUUGAUGCUGGCGUAAACGGGGGCUUAUUUCCAGCUAGCCAGGCAACCCCAGGGCCACGAGCAAUUACCUCCCACGAGAUCAGGCUGCCUGUUGCCUCCCCCGAGCUACAUUAUGGGCUCUAG